AGUUAAGAUUAGAGCAUUAGAGAGAUAGAAGACGUUGAUCUAGAUUGUCAUUCCAAAAAAAAAAAAACUUUUGUGAGCGAGCGAGAUUUUGAUAAAAGUUUUAAGAUUUACAAACGGUAGACAGACAUCAGGAAGUGAGAACGAACAGUUACAAUAACUAAAAAAAACUGGAAUCAUGUCCAAUACAGCAGAAAAGUUUACUGCUGCGCCAUCAACAAAAGAAAAGCAAAGUAAUGGGACACUGCCAACGGUGCCAGAAAAACCGAAAGUAACGGAAGUCGAUAAGAAUCUUCGUGAGUUGGAAGAUCCACUGUGUUCACCGAACAAUAUCCAAAAAAUUUCGUUCCAAGAUGUUACGACCGCUUCAUUUUUAAUCAAAGGUGGUGUGGAAUACACCCCAUGUCCGAAAUCACAGUUGUCCGGUCAAUUGGGAAUGACAAUCUAUCUUAAAAAGGAAUUCCUUCAGUACACCGGAAGCUUUAAAGAACGUGGAGCAAGAUACGCGCUAUUGAUGCUGAGUGACGAGCAAAAGAAGAGAGGCGUUAUAUCGGCGUCGUUGGGAAAUCACGCCCAAGGACUAAGUUAUCAUGCUAAUUCACUGGGGAUCCCUUGUACCGUCGUCAUGCCAAAAGCAGCACCGAUUAUGAAGAUUCAGAAGUGUCGCAAUUAUGGAGCAAAUGUGAUUGUUCAUGGAAGUGAUAUGGCUGAAUCGAAAAAUUUGGCCAUGACCAUUUCGAAAGAAAAGAAAAUUCCUUACAUCAACGGUUACGAUCAUCCGCACAUUAUAGCUGGACAGGGUACGAUUGGUUUGGAAAUUUGCGAACAAGUGAAAGAUGCUGAUGCAAUCGUUGUUCCAGUCGGUGGUGGUGGUCUUAUUGCUGGCGUUGCAGCAGCUGCAAAGUCUCUACGACCAAACAUCAAAAUUAUUGGUGUUGAGUCUGAAAAGUGCUCGAGCUUCACCAAUGCAAUGCAAAAUGGGGCUCCCAUUUACACACCAAAUUUACCGACUCUCGCUGAUGGCUUGGCAGUGCCUUGCGUAGGAUAUAAUGCAUUUGCCACAGUUAUGCCAUUACUCGACAAAAUGGUAGUCGUGAAAGAAGAGUGGAUUGCAUUGGCUAUUUUGCGUUUGGUCGAAUUAGAAAAAUGCGUAGUGGAAGGCGCAGGUGCUGCUGGUCUUGCCGCAAUUUUAGCUGGUCAUUUGGAUGAGUUUAAAGAUAAAAAAGUCGUCUUGUUACUGUGUGGAGGCAAUAUUGACACCACAAUUUUCGGACGUUGCUUGGAGCGAGGACUGGCUGCUGAAGGACGAUUGUUAAAAUUUAUUGCCACAGUAAGUGAUCGCCCAGGUGGCAUCUCCGAUUUGUGCAAAUUGAUGGCAUCAGUGGGUGUUUCUAUCAAAGACAUAAUGCACGAGAGAGCCUUCAUACGGGAUAUUUACAGCGUUGAGGUGAAAGUGAUUUGCGAAACACGCGACUGGGCUCAUACGGAAGAAUUACGCAAAUUGUUAACAGACAACUAUACUCGAGUCAUCUUUAGUGACGUUCCAUUGGCCAUACCUCCGUCUUAGAUUGAUCCUGAUGAGAUGAUUAUUUGCUUUAUGGUGUAAUCGAUUAUAGUACAAAAUCUUGCAGAAUAAAUUUUGUUUUAGGAUGAAUA